AUGCCGCAAGCACCUCAGAUAAAGAAGAUCGACGCCCUUCCCGCCGACGAAGCCAAAUGGGUAGAGUUCCAGAAAAUUACAUGGCAAGAUCAGACAGGCAAGGAGCGCGUGUGGGAGGCCGCGAAUCGCAAAACACGCGGCAAGGCAGGCGUUGACGCCGUGGCCAUCACAACAGUGAUCCGGCACCCGAAGCGCAAGCCCAGCACAAUAAUCAUCUUGCAGUACCGUCCGCCUGUUGAUGCCGUUUGUGUUGAGCUACCGGCCGGGUUGGUGGAUGAGAAAGAGACGCCCAGCGACGCAUCAUUGCGCGAGCUGCACGAGGAAACGGGAUACAAGGGCAAACUGACGUUCAUCUCGCCGACGAUUGUGAGCGAUCCGGGACUGAGCAGUGCGAACAUGCAAUUAGCUACUGUGGAAGUGAAUCUCAAGGAGGGCGAUACCGAGCCGGAGCAGGCGUUGGAUGAUGGCGAGUUUAUCGAGAGGGUCGUUGUGCCGCUUGAUGAGCUGUACGAGAGGCUUGUGCAGUAUGGUAAGGAGGGGAAGACGGUGGAUGCGAGGUUGUGGCAUUGGGCGGCGGGAAUGCAUUUUGCAAAGACCAUGCUGUGA